GAUCUUAUCUUCACAGGGGUAAAAACACACGUAUACAUUCGCCUUCCCCUAAGUCUGAUUUCCACCCAAAAAACAUAAAUAGCCAAAAUUAAUUGAGUCUGGAGGACAUAAGUUAGUCAUCAAACUCAGUCACGAGGCCCAGUGAAGAGAUCUGAGAGUGAACAAAAGGAAAAGAAAAGCAAAAAAAAAAAAAAAGCAUAAUGAGAUCCAGUUCCUGUCUGUACCUCCCCCUGAAAGACGUAGGUUUUAUCCUCAACAUGCUGUGAGUGCGAAGCAUAAAUCAGCAGAAACGGGAAGACGUUCGCAUCUCCGGUGGCUGCCUGCGUUCACUCGCUCCGUUCCUUCUGCAGCAUGAAGCGUGACCUCAAGAACAAACUCUUACUUUUCACAUUCAUGCUCUACUUGACUCUUAACGUGGAAUCAACGCAUGUAGUAAAUGGCUCAUCGGAAGAAAACAUCACGGUUAAAUUCACUUUUCAAGACUCUGUUAUACCCUCCAAACCUAGUCUGUACAAAAAUGGGGAAAAGAUAGCAACUUCGAUAGAAUCCAACGAUUGCAGAGAAAGGUUUGCCCUGAGUGAUGUGAAAAACCAAACUGUGACACUGAACAUCACCAAUCUCACACUGGAAGAUGAAGGGACAUAUCAUGUUGUAGUGCUUACAGAUGGCGUUGAGUCUAUUUUUGAGAGCAAUAAAAUCAGUAUUAAAGUCAAAUUAGUCAAUAAAUCAGCAGAAACUGAUAAAGAAACAGAAGCUGUGCAUGAAAACUUAGGGACUAAUUCACCUAAACUGGAGUCAUCAGAACAAAACUCAUUCUUCAUUUUCUUAAGUGCAUUAGUUACAAUAUUUAUAUUUAUAUGUCUCGUUGUGGGCAUAUUGUUCUGGCUUUUUAGGACCUAUCCAAGAAAACCAGACGCAGAAAACCCUCCAGUUCACACCAACACAACACAACAGCAGGGGCAGUGUGGGACAUCCGGUGCUGUGUUUGUCAGCUGUGUGGAGUAUGGAGAGUUAGACUUUCAAAAUAGACCUGAAAGAGAUGACAGAGUAGAACCUGCCGAGACGACAUCGAAGGACCAGGACGGAGUGGAAUAUGCUGCCAUCAUUUUCCCUCAGCAAAAACAGCCACCGAGUGGGCGGAUGAGAAAUAAACAGCAAGUACCUGCCAUUAAGUGAUAGUCAGCCUCAUUAAACCAUAUCAUGCAUUGUCCACUAAA